AAUGGCAACACUGAAUAACGACGAUCUUGCGAAUGCGUGCGACAUGACGCGCCGGUGAACUUUAUUAAAAAAAUUGACGUAAUUUUUCUGUGCAUAUCUUCAAAAUAAGAUUUCACAAUGGCCGAUCAAGUUGAUUCAAUGUCAGAUGCAGAGUUGCGAACCAAACUCGCCGAGCAUGGGUUCCCUAUUAUGCCGAUUACUGCUUCCACGAGAAAGCUUUUAGUAAAGAAGUUGAAAUUGGUUCUGGAUAACAAGAGUAAGCCGAGAAACAGUGUUGACAGCAAGGUUGAGAAUAGACGUUCGCUCGCGCGGUAUUCUAGCGGCGAGGAGUCCGAUUUGGACACAACUAGCAAUGCUAAGGAAAAACGAGGUCGUAGAGCGACCACUGGUACGGCUAUGUUACCGCCUGUUAGUAAUGCAGGUAGUAGAUCGCGACGCACGCCUACUAAAAAGGUGUCGCCAGCGAAACGUGAUUCAGAUAAGGGGUCCGAAUCAGAAGAAGAAAAGGCGCCGGUACGCACUCACGAGGAAGUGGAAACUGUUACCACCCGCCGGGUGACGAAAACAUAUGCCGCUAAUGAUCAGGAUGACUAUGAAACAGGCUCGGAUAGUGAUGUUGAUUCAGAUAAGAAGAACUCGUUCCGCAGCCACUCUAGAUCAAGUGACUACAUAUCUAGCACUCUUCCUACAAAUGACGCAUCUACUAGUCCCCCAAAAUCGUCAAUUUUCUCCCGUCCAUCCAUAUCAACAUCCGGUUAUACCUCAACAUUGACAUCUUCUGAUCAGUUGAAUUCAAUUCGAUCUCGUCUUGGUUUGACUUCUUCUUUAGGAGAUAGACCAUCAAUGAGCAACUAUAAUUCUUCCUUUACGACAAGUACUUACCAGCCUUCCACGUCCACAAUUGAUGAAGUGGAAUCUCCUUAUUUAAGUAAUUUCACAAGACGUCUGUCAGCUUUGAAGGCCGAUCCCCCAAAACCGACUUUCCUGGACAGAGACACAAACAAUGGAAGUACACUGUUGCCGCGCCGGUCUUACAUAACGGGAGUAGCAAGAUCUGAUGUGGUAGACUACAAGACCGCCAAUGACAAAAAGUUUUUGAAGAACAAUCUCGUGUCUUUAGCCCUGGUUGGUCUGGUGGCACUUUUUUUUUUUUGCUUAUUUUUUAUGUAUAUAGUUAAAAUGAACAAUAUCACAUCUGUGGUGGAUGAUCAAAACAGUGUCAUACCCAUUUGCCAGCUUCAUAUCCCUGGAAACAGGCCAGGUAUCAACUGUGUGCCUAAAGAACAAGUGAGUUACGCAAAAAACUUACUAAAAGUGAUCCACCCAGAGUUGACUGCUCGGGCAGCGGCCUACAAAUGUGGCAAGCCUGGAGCUUUGCCUUACUUGACAGAAAGAGAGAUUUUGGACAUUGCCAAUUCAAAAGCUGAAGCAGUUGACAUCAGCCAGUGUCGCAUGGACCUCAAUAACCUUCAGGUUUUAUUACUACAUAACCCACGAUGGGGCCUUAGCGUGGUCAAACUGAAGAAUCUUUACACAAAAGAUGCUGAUUAUUUCCCCAUUUCUACAACAGAUGUUAUUGUGGAGCAGCGCAAUAGGGGCAGUGUUGCUAUUACUCUGACUGACCCAUCAACGCCACUUUCUUGUUUGCUUGUCAACACAUUGUACUCUGCCGGUUCCACUUUAAUUCUGAUGGCAAUAAUAUCUUUACUGAUGUUUGCUUUCCACAGAGGUUACAAAUAUUAUGUGGCAUAUCAGAAGAGGAAAAGCGAAGAUAUCUAUUCAAUGGUAGAACAAAUAAUUGAUGUAAUUUCUCAAGAGACAGAAGACAGUGGAGAGCCCUACAUUUCUGUGGACCAUGUGAGGGAUACCUUGAUAUCUCCUCAAAAUAGGGAAAAAAUGGCUUCGGUGUGGGAUGCAGCAGUCAAGUUUAUACAGAGGAAUGAAAGCAGAGUCCGAAUGGAGAUCCAGUCAGUUGAUGGAGAAGACUGCCGAGUGUGGAGGUGGGUUUCAGCGCGGACCAGCCCCAAGAGAAGUGAUGCAUGGCAAGGACAAGCUUUUGAGACCCAAGAGGGAUCCGUCAACAACUUGACAGUCUCUCCCACCCCUUGUUUGAAAAUCCGCUACAUGUUCGACAAAAACGACACGAAUCCCAACCUGAGAAAUGUCAUUCAGGACGCCAUUUUGGAGAAAUGCGGCGAAAGAUGCAACAUUUUGCACAUUGAUAUUGAGAGGUCAUCUUGUUGUGUUUAUGUGAAGUGUAUGAGCCCCACCGACGCUGGCAUUGUGUACCGCAGCUUGCACGGGUGGUGGUACGAAGGUAGGCUGAUUACAGUCAAGUACUUACGUCUGGAGCGUUACAUGCAAAGAUUCCCCAACUCUCCUUCGGUAGGACCUUUCCUCAAGCCUUCGAAAGCGCGGCGCUCCUGGGACGAAAACUUCGGCGCACCAUUUUAGACGGCCGCUUUUUUAUUGCACAGACCAUAGAAAGUGGUAGUUGCUUGCACAUUAUUUAUUGCAAAUUAGUAAGAGAGCAAGUAAUAAUUCUGUUUUGAAUUAAAUGAUUUCAGAACAAACAUAAUUGUAAGUAUAUUCUGUGUUCAGAUUUAUCCAGUGGAGUCAUUAUUGACAUUUUCAUAAUUGUUAGCAUAAUCUUUUUUAAAAUAGAUUGUAUGUUCAUCUUAAGAACAAAAUUUAUACAGGUACAUUUUAACCGAUUACUCAAAUUGUUAAUUUUGAAUGUUCAUGAGCAUAUCAGCUCUUCGACUUGCCUUUAAUGUAACUUUUUAUGUAGAUGUUAAGUUUCAGUUCUAAGGCCUAGCCUGUGUUGCGUUUAUGGAUUCUCGUCAAUUAGACUUUGUUCAAAGGAUACUUUGCCCAAAUUCAUUGUCAUGAUCUGAUUUUAAAGAGGUGCUGUUUGAAAAUAAUAUCCUUGGAUCUGAGCACUUUGAAUUUUGAAGGAUUAUAAUAAUACGGCUCAGUUGUAAAUAUUUGACAUCACAAUUUUCAAUGUAAUUUUUCUUUUAUAUAAAUUUAGACGUAAACUUUGUAUUUGUUACUGAAUUUACUAAUGUUUUUGUAACAAAUUGUUGAAAAAGUAGUUAAGUUAGAUAAGUUUCAUAGGAUAUUUUCGGUUCAUACAAUAUAAUCUUAUUGUUUGAUGGCACAAUGUUAUGAUCCAAAUGUGUGUUUUAUUUUCGUAAGGUUGACAUUUAUUUUUAUUUCUACUAACUUCUGUUCUUAAUAACUAGCUACGUUUCUAUGGGUUGAUUUUAAUUUUUAUAAUAAAUUGAUAUAAGUAAA